AUGUGGCUAUUAGUGAGAAAUUUUGUUGUAAGAUAUGUUCCAUUCGUAAUGCUUCCAUUCGCCGGUAUUGUUGGAACAAUUGGGUAUCAUAUUGAGGAAUUGGUAUCAGACAAGUAUACACCAGCACCAGCUCCAAUUGGCCAACAACGUGCUGAAAGAUUAUUACAAAAUGUUGAUACUGAAGUGAAUAUUGAAGCACAUAAUCCUUUGAAAAUUAAUUUAUCACCAUCACUCUCAGAAAAAUCAUAG